AUGUACUACACGGUACAAAAAAAAGGCAGUUCAAGAUCUUAUAAUAUAUUGAAGCCAUAUGCCUGGGCAGACGUUAUAAAUGAUGCUUUUAUAAAAAAACAUAAGUUACCUUGUAACUUUCUAUAUAAAAGAGCAAAAGUUAGUAUUGAUACUAAUAAUACAAAACACUAUAUUACUUUUCAAGGAAAAUGUAAGGAUUGUGGUGAAAAUUUAUUUGGAUGGUGCAGUAAGAAACCAAAAGAAUUUGAACCAUUAGAAAUAAAUAUUUCGACAAAAGAUACUCGAGGAGAAGAACUGGCUCACUCUUCAAAAAGACCUCUUAUGGGUCUGAAACGUCAAAAAAUUGGUAAACAAUUAUUAACGGAUAUACCAGCAAAUUGGAGAAGACAAAAUACAGAAGAGAUGGAUUUUGAUUGUACUUCACCUCCAAAUUUGUACAAAAACAAUGUUUUAAGUAAGGCCAAACAAGAGUAUACUGAUAAAUUACUGAGAUUACCAAAAAAAAACGUUUUAGAAUCAUUAGUUGAACUAAAGCACACAUCUUUGGCAGGAAGUAUACAUAAUAUAGGAUAUGACCCUUUGUAUGUACAUUAUUGGACCAACCACCAAAUACUCAUUUACAGAGAUUAUAAUAAAGAAUACUGCAGAUUAGCCCUGGAUGCAACUGGUAGUCUAGUCAAAAAGUUGAAACGUACAAGCAUAAACAUCUUGUCUGCAGAUAUAUUUCUUUAUGAAGCGGUAAUAAGUCAAGGAUUUGGUCAAUUCCCUGUAAGUCAAAUGAUUUCAGAAAGGCAUGACACGAUAUCAAUUACAUUUUGGCUAGACAUGUGGAUCAAAUCCGGAGUAAAUCCACCUAAUGAAGCAGUAUCAGACUACUCAAAAGCUCUUCUUGGUGCAAUGUGUAAAUCAUUUUGUUCAAGUAAUCUUCGGUCGUACGUUCAAAAAUGUUUUUUUGUUCUAACUAAUUCAAGUAAUGAUUUACCACCAUGUUUUUUAAGAGUGGACGUAUCACAUAUGAUUAAAAUGUUUUGCCGUUUACAACAUUUUAGUGGAAUCAGAAAUAAACGUUUAAAAGAAUUUUAUGUUCGUGGAUUUAGACUUUUAUUAACAUCAACAAGUUUAGAAAGGUUCAAAAAAUUAUUAAAAUCCUUAAUGGUAGUUAUAUUGAGUCCUACAGAUGGUUGGAUGGAUGAAAACAAUAUGCAACCAAACCCUUCAGAAAGUUCUAGACAAUAUUUACUGUCAUUGAUGAAAGAUACUGCUUCAUUUAAUGAUGAAUAUGUUGCCGAAGAAUGUACGAACAUUGAAGUCUUGAAUGACGAAACCGAUACUGUCGAUUCAACAAAUUUUUAUGAUCAAGAUGAAGUAGCGCGUUUUAUUCAUGAAAUAGAAACAGAAAGCAAUAUGGAUGCUUUAACUAAAGGCAAUAGAGAAUCUGCAUAUUUCAUACCAGCUUUAUUGAAAGACUUAAAACGUUAUUGUUAUGAUUUCCCGUUAUGGACUUCAGUUAUGGUUGAUCAAUUUAAAUCUCCUUAUCUCAUUGCUACUAGUUCUUCGGUUGAAAAUGAUUUUAAUAAACUAAAAAACGAAGUGUUGAAGUUUUCUACACGACCGAUGACAGCUGACCGUUUUGUAAUACGACAUGUUAAAAGCAUUGAUGAACACAGUAAACUAUUUCGUAGUAUGCAAUUGAGAAAUACGUAUGCAAACAUAAAUAUAAACAACAAAAGGGAUAUAUUAUUACCAGAAUGUGAUAGUGACAUUGAAAUUAGUCAUAAAAAAACUGAACAUGAACUUAUUAACGAUAUUUGUGACUACGAUUAUGAAACUAGUUUUAGAAAUAAUGACAGUAAUUCGAAUGAAAGCAUAUCCAAAGUUACCCAAAUUGAAAUAAAUUCAAUUUAUCCUCAGAGUCCUAAUAUAAAAAGGAAAAUUAACAAACAUCUUUUUAGUCCUGCCGGUAGGAAAAUUGAUAUUGACUCUGAAAAUAGUGAUAAUGAUAUAAAAACUUUAUUAGACUUUAAAAAAAAUGAUAUCAAUAGUACAAUAAAUAACUUAAAUGAUAAUGAUUCAAAUUCAUUGGAAACUUCAAGUUGUAUUAGUAGCGAUAUUGAAAACUGGCGAGGCAAAGGAGAAAACCCUACAGCAAAGCUAAGUAUAAUUAAAAAAUAUAAAAAAAGAACUAAAUACAUGGACCCAACACCAGAGAUUGAAAGAUUAUUAAACAAAAGUUUGAGGUCAAAAAAUCAGACACUACUCAUCAACGGAAACAUGAAAACACCAAUAAGAGUUAAUAAAAAAAGAUAUUUAGUCUCAAACACUUGUGCUUUUGAUUCGGUGUGUAUUCUUAUUGCUAUGGCGUAUACAGACAGUAAAGAUUAUCAAGAGUUCAUUAAUAAAAGUCAUAAUGAGCUUUUAACAUUUUGUAAGGAUUUAGCUAUCAAUGGUCCAAGUUCUAUUAUAUAUAAAAAACGCCUAGGAAUUUUAAAUAAAAUAUUCCAAGAAGAUCUGGGAAUUACCGAUGUCGUUGUCAUAAAUGCAGAGUGUAAUGUUCUUCACAUAAUUAGUACAUUGAUGAAAACUAAUCCAUCAACCACAAACAUAAAAACCUGUUCUAAGAAUAAUUGUGGAGUGAAAGAACACACUUCCCCAACUAUUAUUGUUACGCUAGAUGAUGGGUUUUCAAAUCUUCAAAAAAACUUGCAACAUUACUGUGAAGAUAAAAUUAUUAAGUGCUAUGACUGUCAAAGUAAUGCUGUAUCAAAACGAAUGUUACACGAACACCUGUUUAUUGAGACAGACAUAUAUGAUGAACCAACAGCGUUAACAGACUUUCCUUUAGAAAUAACUAUCGAUGAUAAAGCGUUAGUAAUAUAA